AAUCAUGUUUGGGAUGUCAGUCACCAGAAUCAAAAUUUUUACUGGACUAAUGGUGUUGUUGAUGAUGUUUGUAUCAGGAGCCUUGAAAAUGUAUCCGUAGCUGCUGAUGAACAGUAUGGAAUGUUAAUAAUAAUGAAAUGGAAUGGUGUUA